AUGACGCAGCCGGCCCCUGGCCAUACCUCGCGGUCGGCAUCAGGGACCGACUGGGCGCUGUUUGGUCCUGCAAGCACCGUUGCAGCCUUUUGUCAUGGACCAUCCCUGUCUCCAUCUUCAACUUCGGUACUGCAACCCGAGCAUGGGACUAGUCAAGAGGCUCUCCAGGCCCAGGCCUGGGCUGGCGCUUUCUCCACGGCCACAGCCAGCGUCCUGCGCCCCAUCCGCGCCAGGUCGUGCCAGCCGGACCAGGCCUUUGCCCCAUCGAGCAGCGUCUCCCUGCCCUGGCGGGACCAGAACGGCACGUCGGCCGUCGUGCAGGCCACCAUGAAGAAGCCGGCCGUGGUGCUCGAGACGCUGCCCUCGCUCGACGGCGUGAGCUGCCCGUCCGACGGCGGCAACGCCUCCUCGUCGUCCUCGGUCGUCGACAUCCGCUUCGGCGACGCCGGCGCGCUCGAGCAGGGCCGGGAGUCGUGGCGGCUGAACGGCACGGAUUCACUGCUGCUCAUCACCAGCGACGAGCAUGACGGCUGCAGCGACAGCCACAACCGCAUCGUCUUCUCGGUCGGCUCCAUCGAGUACGACGCGGGCGGGCUCACCGCCACCGCGUCGGUGGAAAAACGCUGGCUCCGCGACGAGAUGGCCAACGUGGUCAUCGACUUCAGCCGGCGCCGAGAGGCAGGGACCCCAACUUCAGGAGGCAACAUCAGCACCAGCACAGUGUCGACCGCCGCCGCCGCCGCCUGGCCCGAGAUCAGCCAAACGUUCGAGGUGGACGCAUCCAACUACAGUCUCGUCGACACGGCCGACCUGGCCGUCGCGUUCGACGAGGCCUCAGUCCGCGGCACGGUGCAGCUCAGCGGCCACCUGCACUACAACCCGCUGCUCGUGCGGUCGCGGCCCGCACCGGCGGCCGCGUCGCCGUCGCGCCCGUGCGCUACAGCCCGCUGUCGGCUGUCGGCGCUCAAGAUCCCGGGCAUCAUCGACGUCGGGCCCAUGGCGUCGCUGACGCUGGGGCUCGAGGUGGCCGCCGAGGGCCCCGUCAACGCCACGGCCAGCUACGGCGCGUCCAUCGACGGCGCCCGCGCCCGCCUCGACCUGCUGGACAAGGGCGGCAGCUCCGCGAGCGGCUGGGAGGUCGCCAGCCGCGGCGCGCGUCGAGCUGCAGCUCAACCCCUUCGCGGACCUGACCGUGGCCUCAACGCCUUUGCCGUCGGGCGGGACUUUGGCUUCGACAGCGACACGGGCGUCGAGGUCGGCCCACCGCGCGAGUGCGCCGGCAACGGCGGGGACGACUGCUGCGCCGGCGGCGCGUGGCACGGGAGCCGCUUCUGGUUCGGCGUCGUGGCCUUCGUCACGGGGCUCUACCGCGAGCCGCUGUACACGUACGAGGUGCCCAUGACCGAGGCCCAGUGCUGGGAGCUUGGAGGUUGA